AUGAUGAAUUACUUCAUGAUUCUGGCAGUACUUCUCCCCCUGAGGACUUGCUACUCACAUCAAGAUGCCCUUGUGUUUCCGGUAACAUACCUCAACAUUUCCAAGGAUUCAGCACAUCAGCAGCUGCUUGUGGAAUGGGAUGUUGAUAAUUCAGCUCAUGAUGCUGAGCUUGCAAUGUCUUUUGAAAUACAAGUUUGCCGAGCAGAUGAAAAUACUACUGUGUGGACAGAGUUUCAUAAUAUCACACUUGAUAAAUCAGGAGACCCUCUUCAUUGGAUAUGGGAUUCAGACUUACCUUUGGAGUGUAUGUCACACUCAGUGAGAAUUAGGAGCAAAGCAGAAGCAUCAAGAAUUUGGAGUCAAUGGAGUCUGUGGGAGACUGUCCUGGGCCUGGACACUUCAAAUAACAGUGGACCACAAAUCUUUCCAAAUGAAAAAAUUGUAGAGGAAGGGUCUGACAUCAGUUUUUGUUGCGUUGCACGAGAAGGGAAAAUCAUUGAGCAGUUAUUUCGAGAGCCUGCUGCUCACGAUUUCAGUCACAUAAAUAGCCAAGUUGGACUUCUCACAGUGAAAAACGUGGUGUAUCAACAGAGAAGCCACAUGACUGUCUACUGCCAAGAGUCUUGCAGUGAAGAUGAGUGCUUGGAGUCUGCAGUUUUCUUAGUGGGUAAGCCUCCUGAUACACCUAACAAUUUUUCCUGCCAAACUGAAGACAUGAGAAUAGCCACAUGCACGUGGAGCAAAGGAGGAGACACCUACCUUUACGGCCACAACUUACCGAAAUACACCUUGUUUGAAGAGUUUUCAAAGAAAGUGAUUCCAUGCACAGACAGCUGUUCUGAGCAGUGCCUGUGUUCUUGGGGUAUAGGCCAGCAGAGAAUCUAUAAUAUCACAGUGACUGUGGAAAACCCACUGGGAAGGAAAACUGCCUCAGAUGUGUUUGAUAUAACUCACAGAGUUCAUCCUGCUGCACCUUUUCAGCUCUGGGGACAAUGCACAGAUACAGAAAUUGCUUUAUAUUGGAAACAUCAAAACAAAGGAAUCAAACUCUUUUGUCAGACUGAAGUCAUCCAGCCUGAUGGGAAAGUACAAUUGCACAAUAGUUCAGACACACAUCUCCAUUAUGCCAACAUCACUCUGAGUGGACUGCAGCCAUACACUGAAUACAGAGUUAGAGUACGCUGUGGGGCAGCUAAGCAUUUCUGGAGGUGGAGUGAAUGGAGCAAGGCCUUAACCAUCAGAACAAAGGAAUCAACACCAUCAGGAGAACUGGACAUCUGGAGAGAAAUCACUCCAGGUCUGGGUGGGCAGAAUGUCACCUUGUUCUGGAAGCAAGCAGACAGUUUUCAAGCAAAUGGAGGAACCAUUUCAUAUGAAGUAACCUGGGAAAACCUAGAAGAUGGAUCUAAGUCUGAAAGCAUCUCCCUUUCAUCAGUCUACAACAGGACUAAGAUUUUCCUUGAUAAUCAUUCCUACAAAAUCACUGUCAAGGCAAAGAACAAUGUUAAUUAUUCGCUUCCUUCAGUAUUGAUCAUUCCUAGAUCUACAGGUAAUGACAAGGAACUAUUUGGCGAAGAGCUUAAGGAAGAACAGGUUAAUGGUACAGAAGAUGGCAUUUUUCUUUCCUGGAAGCCCAGACAUACAUAUGACAGUUACAUUAUUGAUUGGUGUAACUUUCCAAGACUACACCCUUGUGAUCUGCAGUGGAAGAGAUUUGGGCCAAACACUUCCAGUGCUCUGAUCAGCUCAGCUGCUUUUGUUCCGGGAGUGAGAUACAACUUCCACAUCUAUGGAUCUGUUGCUAAUAGACCCUCCUUACUGGAGAAGAAGACUGGUUAUUUCAGGGAGUUACCUCCUUUGUUUGACCCUGUAGUGGAAAAGAUUGAACUGACUUUCAAUGCAUUAACAUUGUAUUGGGAUUCUUACCCUACAAAUGAGUCACAGUCUGGCUUUGUAAGAGGCUACCAUGUUUAUUUAUCACCUAUACAAGAGGACUGCAGUUUGGAAGGAUCACAAAAACAUGUUCUUCAAGAUGACUCAGUGCUAUGUAAAUACACAAUUGAAAACCCAGAAGAGAAGAGAUACACUGUCAAACACCUCUUGUCCAACACAAAAUACAAGCUAGUGGUUAAAGCAUACAGUGGUGGAGGAGAAACUCCCAUUGCUAACUUUAUAUACAUAGAUACACCACUAAACUCAAACAUGUUGUACCUUCUCGUCCUGCUAGUGAUAGUUCCAUCACUGGCAGCAGCUUUGUGCUGCUGGAAGAUGAAGUGGGUGAAGGAGUGCUGCUGUCCUAUAAUACCCAGUCCUAACAAGAGCAAAGUGCUGUCAUUCAAAGACUUCAAGAUUGGUUCUGAGAAAACCUUGAAGCUAAGUGAUUGCAUCCCUGACAUGCUAGCAGUGGACAACAGUAAGGCUGAAGCCCAGAAAUUAAAUCCACAGAGCCAGCUGCCUUUAUCAUCAAUAGAAGAUCAGAUUGUUGGACACAAUUCUUCCUGGAGUUACCCUAAAGAAAAUGAAGAGAGAGAUUUUACAUCCACAUCUACACCUCAGACCCAUACUUGGUGUGCAAAUUUUGCUUCUCAUCUUGCAGGUGACUCUGAUCAGUAUCAAAUACUGGAGACACUAGAAGCAAGCAUGUCAGGACUGUCAGAAGUUUUGUAUCAGCCACACCACUACUCUGGUAUUUUAAAUGAAGAUGCUGUCUCGGCACCCAGAGAAACAGCUGGCAGAAAGACCAGUCUGAGAUACAUUUCACAAACAGAUGUGCACUGCCUGGGGAGGAGGCUUUGAUGCGCUUUCCUCUACUGACCCAACCAGAGCUUGGUUACACAACAUAACAUGAGGAUUUCUAAACCCACAACACUGUCUUUUGGUGAAGGCUUUCACA